AUGAGUGGAGUUGCAAGCGGAAUUGAUGAUUGGAAUGCUAAUGAAUCACUAAAUCUGGUUGAUGACAUAUUUAGAAAGUUGCCAAUUUCCAAUAUACGCAAAUUGAAACAUGAGUAUAGAUCAAAGGUUUCUUUGAGUCAAGAAAACUUACACCAUUUGGUAGGUUUGAAAUAUAGGGAUCUCAUAAAAAUAGCAGAGGAAAUCGAUGGAAUGUAUCAGACAAAUCAAAGCCUUCAUGGCAAGUUGUCAGAGCUCUCAUACGAAAGAACAGACUUUGUGAAGUUUGAUAAAUUAGACGGUUAUUCGAAAUUCAACGAGACUGUCAGGUCCCAUAAUGCAGCUGAAGUCAAGAAUAAGGAAAAAAUCACAAUUUUGAACAAUAUUUUAAAUGGCUGUUUGUUGAAAUUUGAUUUGAAACUUUCGUCUGAUUUGGAAAGUCCGCUAAAGAGAACCUCAAUGUUGGUAUACUAUGCAAAAAUAUAUUAUACUACAGAGAUAACAUUCAAAGGCUUGCUAAAAUCGAAUCCUGCAACGAAUAAGAAAUUUUUAUCAUUUAAAAAUAAUUUUUUAAAAUAUUUGGAAUUUGAAAUGGCAAGGUAUAACGUGUCAAAAAAUGCCACGUAUUCUAACAAUAGUGAUUACUUCAGAACGAGUCAGAGACUUCUAUCUAAAGAUAUAAUUAGCGACUCCGAUAUCAUAGAAAGUGACUGGAAUUACGAUCUCGCUGAGGAGGAAGGUAAUGACUAUAUGGACGAAGACACGGAUGAGGAACUCGGUACAGAUGAUGAUUAUAGCAAAGAUCAUAUCUCUAUCUUCAACAAAAACAAAUUACCAAUAGUAAACUACCUCACGGCAUAUAUCAUUUUGAAUAGGAAUAACGAAGAAAUGAACAAUAUUAAUAAGGUAAGUGACCAAUUCAUUCGUUUGAGGUUAAACUAUUUAAAAGCUAUUUUGAGCAAAUUCUUCUCAUUGAAAAGUAUAAAUCUUGAUUUUUUCAAGGUUUUUAGAUUUGUUGAGAAUACCUGUGACUAUGUGACAUCGUACUUCCAGAAUGAGAGUAGUGAAUUGAUAAAUAAUUUAAUUUCGCUUACAGAAGCAAGCAAGUCAUCUGAAAUUAUAGGCUUUGAGGAAUGGUUAGGGGAAGACAUAAUAAUAUUUGAUCAAGAACCUUACAGUUACAAAAUUGUUAAACAAUUUGGAUCUUCUAGACAAGAAUUGGAAGGUUUUCUCGAUUUAUUGUUCAAUUCUUUUCAAUAUUUAAUUAGCAUUGGGACUGGUUCUUUGCAUGAUAUCUCGAAAGCAUAUGUUGUACUUCAUAACGUUAUUGUUUGUUUGAACAGGUUGUCACAUGUUUGUCAAGCAAACGAUUCAACUCUGCAUUUGAUUUCACUCCUCAAUGAGAGAGAAUUUUUAAAUAAAAUACUUUUUGAAGUCGUAAAUGAGACUAAAAGGAUUUGUGAAUCUCAUUUUGAUCAUAUUUCGGAUCCAAAUGGUCUGAUUAUAUCAAAAGUUCAUGAAGCAGUACCUUUGAAUGUUAAGGAAAUUAAUUCUAUGGGGUAUAAACUCUUUUCGAAUAACAUGAUUGAAAUGAUCGACAGAAACUUAGAUCAAUAUUUAAAAAUGGUUACUUCAUCAUCGAACUCCGUUUCAGGAGAUCCAUUAUGUAAAGCAAUCGAUAUUUGGUUCAAUGACUAUGUUGAAUUUUGUCAUAUUAUCAAUUUUAACGCACAAUCAAGAAGUAUAACAUCAACAAACUGCUUGGGCAAUCUUUUGAAACACUCGUCUUCUAAGGACAGCUCUUUAGAAACUUUCCAGUUGCAAGGCUUUUCAAGAGAUUCAAUUUUAGAUGAGUUCUCGAAAUUGUCAGUUAUCUUGAAUGAAAAGUUCUGGGUCUCUUUACUACGUUUCAUAAAAGAGACAAAGGAGUCAUUCCAAUCGACAGAAGAAGAAAGCAUAACAACUUUGUGCUAUUCAUUGAACGUUGCGACUUUGUUAAAAGAAAAGGUAUUGUCUAUGAAUCACAACACUUUCUCAAGUAAUACUGAAGAGUCACUCAAACUUUUGGAUACGUUUAUUACGGAUAUCUUCAACCAAAUUUUUACAAUAGCUCCAAACUCAUCAUUUUCUGGAGCUUUUGAGUCAUUUGUUCAAAGACUGUUUGGAGACAACAGUUUUUCGGUGGAAGACUUUUCAAUGCGACCAUCCUUGGAGCUCACUUCUAUCCUUUUUGAUCUAACUAAGGAAUUUUUUGAUACUGAAUCACCAAAGUUGUACUUUGAAAAUUUAUAUACAAACAAAAGUAUUAAUUCGGCCUUUAUUGAAAUUAAAAAUAAGUGGAUUAUAGACAACUUAGUACAAAGGAUAUUAGAAAAGUUUAAAACCAUAACAAAUUCAAGUGAAUUAAAAUCAGGUGACACUCAAGUGUUUUCAGAUGAAGUUGAGAACGAGACUGGGAGUAUAGUAGACAAUUCAAAGUUGGAAAGUAAAACGUUGAAAUUAAUUUUCACAAAUUUCAUAUUUCUAUUACACUUUGUUAGUUCAGAAAUGCCUGAUAUCAACAAUAUUUAUGUAUCAGAAUUGAAAGAUUGCAUUAACUCAUAUCUUGAAAGUACGUUAGAAGAAAGUACAGUAAGAGAAGUACUAAAAGGAGUAUCGGAACAUUACAAUUCUACAAGAGAUAUGUACUUACCCUUACUGGUGAAUUAA